AUUUUGGUCACAGCCUGUGCAUGCAGAAGGCGCACGAGUCACCUAGAUGUCGCGCCUAUUGUCCACGGCGUGCCAUCCGCCGGCCGCUGGGUGAGCCGCUACCUCACCAUGCAUUACCUCAUACUUUCAAUAUUGGGUUACGAGAAUUUUUCUUCAAGGCCCUCUUUUAGGAGUAAACAGAGCCAGUAUAAAGGCCAUCACUGGCAACAAUGACACACAGUCGGGGUUCAGAAACUCGUGCGAAAAUGAAUGCAUCUGCCGUCAUUUUGUUUUGUAGUCUCGUGGGAACUGUUGUAACUUACAACGUCCAGAGGGAACUAGUCUACAAUACAGGACCAAAUGAUCCAUACGUUGUGGAUGUGAACCCCGAUUUUGGAUUGGAACCAUCGCAGCGAAUUUUUUGGGGCAGUGGAAGUGGCAGUAAUCAAGUCGGUGGAAACGGCUGGUGGUCCAAAAUUACUAAUAAAUUUCCAUUUUUAGAAAACAUGUUUGGACGCAUGAAGCUACCAGCGCAAUACGGAGUACCAAAUCUUCAACAACAAUAUGGAGUUCCAGACAAUUAUCAGCAACAAUUCUAUAAUGGUCAAUACUAUCAGCAAUUGUUGCCUUCUGGACGUGAUAUUGGUUUUACUGACGAUGCUGUGAUUGUGACUCCACCUCACGUGCCCAUUGUCCCGCAGCCGGUAGGACAACCUUCUCCUGACCAUUCAACUGGAUACAGUUACAAUAAGCCACAGUACAGAUUAGAAUUACCGCGCAAGUAAUUUUAUUUUAAUUAUAUGUUAUGCUACCCAAUUAAACGCCCGUGCGUACUUUUGUAUUAAUAUUAUUUAAUAUGAAACAAUAUUUUGCGUCAUGUUAAAGCACAACCUCAUAACAAUACUGACAGUUCAAUAAGAAAGGUAUGUCAUUUUUGUUUAUAUAUUACGGGUAUGGUUUAGAGGCUUUCUUAGCAGUAUUAGUUGCACUGUAAUUUUAAUUAAAAUAUAAAUAAAUAAAUAUAAAAAUAUUUUUUGUAUUAUUUAAUCACUAAAUAACAUCCAUCCAGAGUUUAUAUUUAUAACAGAUAAUUAAUCAUAAAUUAUUGAUAAAAACAAUGUACAUAAAGAUACGAACUUUUAAACGGCACAGUCACAGUUGUCUUAGGAACCCUAAAAUAAUGUAUUACAAAGUAUUCCUUUAGUUGGUAACAGACGCAUACUGGUCAUAAUAUCCUUUGCCAGAUGAAUCGAGACCUA